AUAAGAACCUCGCGUGCACGGUCACGCUGCCGCUGGGACAUUUUUGGGACAGCUCAAGACGCAAAACGAAACGCUGCAACGCAAUAGCGGGAUGGCGGCAAAAAUCCCCGGCAUGGGGCCGUCUCGGGAGGUCUUCAGGAUCGACAUAACCCUAGUUGCAACUCGCAUCUUUGUUCACCAUCCCGAGGACCAGUUUCGCCAUUUCAGCUGGAAGAUCGCGACGAUGAGUUGUCUCUCGCUAACGAGCCAAACGUGGCUGUGGUGACCGGCUUUUCAGGUCUUCUGGGCGAGGGACACUAAAAUGAUUCAUGUGAGAAUCAGACGUAUCUCAUCCGUUCGCCGUCCGAGCACUCGUGCCGCAUGUAAUGCAAGAAAUGAGGCUCUGAGCACGGAAUCUCAGGCUCCCGACAAGUAUCGCUUCACCCGAUAUUUCUUCAUCCAACCCGCAGCCUUUCCGUGCGGGGAGACCCCUCAUCGCGCAUAUCCUACUGGACGUGCUGGCCUGGUUUGAUCAGCGUAAACAAACUGGGCCACGAAUCCCACCCACCGAGCCGACGAACCUCUGCCCCUGUUCGAGGCCUCCCCACGGCAGAAAGGAAUGCGAUUCGCCUGAUACUCGAAACGCCUUCGCAAUGUCCAUCAGAACAACACCACAGAACACGAGCACAGUAAGCAAGCACAUACCCAAAAUCGUUCGCCAAGGCGAGACGAAAGUGCCGUUUCGAAAUGGAAAUAGAGUCCGCGUUGCCAAGAAACGUCAGCGAGAUGCCAUUCGAUAUCCACAACACCGGCUCUGCGGCAGCAGUGCGUCUCGGGAGUUUCUAAGCUUGCUCUGGACGAGUUGGUGGCGAUCCGAGGCAUCCGCCCUGUUGGGUUUCUGAGAAAAGUUGAAAUACCCGUAUUCGUCCACGCAUCUUUCCAUCUUUCGACGAAUACUCUAUCCUCAGCGUCCUAUUUUUUUGUGCCGGUCCACUCUAUAAUAUCCGUUCUUCAUUUACGAGCUGCGCUCUUUUAAAUCAACGUACAAAGUUUAAUCAUUCACUCAAGUCAAUACCGCCAAUAUGCGCUUCACCGUCGCCCUCACUACUUUGGUCGCUGCCGCCAUGGCCGCACCUCUCGAUACCCUUGCUGCCCGUGCAGACGAGCUCAACGCCGCCAUCCAGGCUCUCGCUGCCGAGAACCCUGAGGAUGCCGAGGCUGCCAAGGGUCUCUUGGGCCGUGACAUCGAUCCCAAUGUCCAGCUCACAAAUGAUGACGAACAGGAGGAAGUUUUCAAGCGCGAGGACGACCUCAACGCCGCCAUCCAAGCCCUCGCUGCCGAGAACCCUGAGGAUGCCGAGGCUGCCAAGGGUCUUCUGGGCCGUGAUAUCAACCCUAAUGUUCAACUCACGAAUGAUGACGAGCAGGAGGAAGUCUUCAAGCGCGAGGACGAUCUGAACGCCGCUAUUCAGGCUCUCGCUGCCGAGAACCCUGAGGAUGCCGAGGCUGCCAAGGGUCUUCUGGGCCGUGAUAUCAACCCUAAUGUUCAACUCACGAAUGAUGACGAGCAGGAGGAAGUCUUCAAGCGCGAGGACGAUCUGAACGCCGCUAUUCAGGCUCUCGCUGCCGAGAGCCCUGAGGAUGAGAACCCUGAGGAUGCCGAGGCUGCCAAGGGUCUUCUGGGCCGUGAUAUCAACCCUAAUGUUCAACUCACGAAUGAUGACGAGCAGGAGGAAGUCUUCAAGCGCGAGGACGAUCUGAACGCCGCUAUUCAGGCUCUCGCUGCCGAGAGCCCUGAGGAUGCGGAGGCCGCCAAGGGUCUUCUGGGCCGCGAUAUCAACCCUAACGUUCAGCUCACGAACGACGACGAGCAGGAGGAGGUCUUCAAGAGGGAUAUCAACCCUAACGUUCAGUUGACAAACGACGAUGAGCAGGAGGAGGUUUUCAAGCGCGAUAUUGACCCCAACGUCCAACUCACCAACGAUGAUGAGCAGGAGGAGGUCUUCUAA